UUGUUAUCGUCAUCGUCUGCGGCGAGGUUGUCUCUAGCUGAACUGAAACACAUUGCCAGUAGUGACGGAAGCGAACGGCUCCGUCGGCCCCGUAUAUGUUCUGUUUUCCGAAAUGGCCGUUCAAUACUUCUCUAGACAUCGCCCGGUUCGCAUCGUCGGAAGCAGAUUUUAUUAGGGUCGCGAAAAAGCAAACAAGAAAAUAUUCUAUAAAGGAAAAACGGCAGCAAAAAAAACAAAAGGUUCAGACAACGGAAAGGCUUCAUUUCGUAUCAGUGUUCCAAUUGCCGUCUAGUAAACUUGCUAGACUUGUAUGAAGUGUGCGCGAAUUCCGAUUUUGAGACAACUCAUACUCGGUGUGGUUUCCCGAAAAGGUGCUAUCUAUCAAUAUAAAUCAGUGGGAUUUUUAUUCUAAAAUUCAAUUGUAACUUCUUUGUGUUAAAUGUUGUGUGACUGCGGUUAGGAUUGGGUAAGAGGCAACAUUUUUCUGGUUAUUAGUGAGCCGCAUAGUUUAGUGUUAAAGUCAAUUUAUCAUCCAUACGAAAACGCGAAUGAAGUAUCAUAAACUUCAACCAACAAAUUUUCUGCACGCGUAUUUCUUUACUGCGUUGUGUACACGGAAAAUUUCAUCCGAAUAAGCGUGAUUACAUAAAAAGUUUGCUUCAUCAGAAAUAAAUACAAAGAACAAAAGCAACGGAAAACGAGUGCAUUGGAAGUGUGUGCUAGUGAAAAUAGCAUCAGCCGGAAGGAUAGCAAAGCGAGAAAAGUGAAUCCGUGCUCUGAUUUUUUUCCCGUAAAUAUUAGUUGGAGCACAAAAAUCGAGGGAUGUCGUGUAACCGAGUUUGCAAGCAGUGAGAGAACGCAUGUCUUCUGUAAAUAGCGUACAGAGAUUCAUGACAUCAGCUGUCCGUAUCCCCGUGUGUUUGAUACAGCUGUAUUCAUAGAGUAUUGACCUCGUUGGGUUGUACUGUAUAGCAACAAAGCAAAGGUUCAGAACAAAACCGACAAUAACCUACUAAAUAUCAGAUUACCAUUGUUCGCUUUGAUUGAUAUUCAUCUGGAGGCACCAUUUGAGUGAUGACAAUUUUUUGUGCUCUCGUAACUAUUAUUACGUGUACAGCUGGAGUGGACCACGGGCCGCACGCAUGAUUGUGACCCAUUAGCGAAACAACCUUUGCGAAUCACCGGUCGUUCCUCUCGAGGAGACAAAUACUGUUGCCUAUGUGAGCUUGCAAAACCCUCGCUUGACGACCGAUAAUUGAUCAGAUAGCGGCGUGCCAACACCGGUCGCAACACGAUGGGUGAGGAGAGUAUAGAGUGCAACGAGGGUAAAUUGAUUAACAAAAACGGUGGAUACAGUCCUGUGAAACAAUCGAAUGACUACGACCUGAUUAGGAGUGACAGCCAGAAGAAGAUAGUCAAAAUUCAACUCGACAAAUCUGACAGCAGCAUCAAAAUGGCCCCAUCCCAGUACCACCAUGCCAGUAGCAACGGGAAGGUAGACGAGAAACUCCUCGUCCCGACGAGUAACGGCACAGCAGGCGCAGCAAAAGAUAAUCACGUCAUCGUGGGAGAUGAACUAGAGGACGAUGAUGAUUACGAGCUGGUACCACCGGAUGGUGGUUGGGGCUGGCUGGUACUGGCCGGAUCAAUGUUAGUUAACAUUCUUGUACCUGGCACAAUCAAAAGUUUCGGCGUGCUGUUCGUUGAAUUUCUAGAAGCAUUCCAGGCGUCCCCCUCGUCUGCCGCAUGGAUUCCGGCUCUAUGCUAUUUCCUGUACAGUUCCCUCGGACCUCUAUCAAGUAUACUCUCGGUGAAGUAUAGCUACAGAACCGUAACAAUCAUUGGAGGAACGUUUGCGGCAGCUGGCAUGAUCAUAACCUAUUGGGCGACAUCGAUUAAUUUUCUAUAUGUCAGCUAUGGUGUUCUCGUGGGGACGGGAGCCGGGUUAUCCUUCCCACCUACGGUUUAUAUCGUGACCUCAUAUUUCGUCAAGCUUAGAGGUCUAGCUAAUGGGCUAUGCAUAUCAGGAAGUGCUCUUGGAUCGAUCAUUCUACCACCAGUUUUGAGGUAUUUGUUGGUGACUUUUGGAUAUCGGGGAGCUUGUCUAAUAAUGGGAGGAAUUACACUCAAUGUCUGGAUUGCUGCUAUAUUUUAUCAACCUGUAGAGAAGCACAUGAAACGGGUGAAGAAAGUAAAAGAGACUGACCAACAAGUUGGAGACGACACAAUACUGGAAGAGUCGGAAACGAACGAUGAAUUGGAAGUGGACCAAACACAAGACCGAUCAGCAAUCAAACCCAAGUUUAUGAUAUCCGGUGAUGAUACUCCGGUAGCAACUCCAACCAUGGAACACAAAUCGCCAGAUAUUUUUCGAUUCAAUCCGAAGAACGGCCUUAUCGAUGGUUUUUCGAGAAGCGUCUCAGCCGCUGCUGUUCCUUACCACAAAGAGGAUGUUACCAAUCGACAGCGUAAAAUAAGUGCCACGAUCAAGGAGGAUCAUCGUAAUCUUACGUUCUCAAGUCAACUCAAUGAUUCCCAAGGCUCGCAUUUUCGCUUGCACAGACUUAACUCCAUGCGUAGCGGUCAAAGGCUACCGAAACGAUCCCCAUCGACAAGCAGCUUCCAGUACAUCAGCACACCUUAUCAUGGCAGCACUCUAUCCACGCAUCAGCCUAAAGAGUUUGCUUCUCACCUAUCGCUACGAUCGAUAGCGGACAGUUUCAAACCGUCCAAGCAAACUGGUGAUAAGUCCGAUGAGAAUUCCGGAUGCAAGAAGUAUUUCGAUCUCUCGCUGCUGACUGAUCCUUCAUACCUGGUGAUUCUGAUAUCAAACUCCACGAACGCAAUUGGAUACACAAACUUCAUUAUUCUGCUACCAUCAUACGCUCUCUCGCUGGGAUUCGACAAGAGUCUUGGGGCGUACCUGUUAUCGAUUGUAUCCACGCUGGACUUGGUCGGACGAAUCGGUGGAUCCGCUUUGUCCGAUACGAAUCUGAUUCCAAGAACGUGGUACUUCGUUGGCGGUCUAUCAGUUUCGGGCCUGGCUCUGGCAUUACUCCCUCUGGUCAACUCGUAUUCGAUGGUUAGUGUGUUCUGCGCGCUAUUCGGACUUGCUUCCGGGACGUAUGUUGGAAUUACAGCCGUACUUAUGGCGGAUAUGCUGGGAACUGAGCGGCUGACUUCAUCCUAUGGAAUUAGUUUAUUUGUCAACGGAAUACUGCAACUCAUUGGGCCUCCAAUUUGUGGGGUUAUCUUCGAGAACAUUGGCAACUAUCGGUCUCUUUUCACCGCCCUUGGUUUGAUACUUCUCGGUGGUUCGUCACUGUGGGGAUUCAUGCCGCUGAUUCAGAGGAACAAACGACGGAAGGCACAGAAAGCAGCGACACUCCAACAGGAGGCUGAAAAAAGUCUUAUCGCGUAAGCGAAGCAUUUUAUCGGGAACUGUGUGAUUGUUUUCAAAUCACUUGAUAAUGGAAUUUUUAAUUUUUGUUUUACUUUUCAAAAGAUGCACAGAAAUAAUUAAUCAAGAGGCGGUCACGCGUAUCGAAGAUUUCUUGUUAAACGUACCGCAAUCAAGGGGUAUUUAAUUGGAUAAAUUCUUACCAAUAAGACAUUCGUUUUUCAGCUAGUUUUUCAUCCUACACUACGAUGUAGAGCAAUUACUAACUCAAGCCGUUAUCUUUUAUAGGGGAAACAGGAAAACAAUACGAGUAUUAUAUUUUUAGCUAUUUACAUAUUGCGUGGAUCGGAUUCUAAGCUGAUUUUUGUUUUGUGCGAGAAUGAUUAGGUUAGGUUUACUGUGACACAAAUCAAUCUGCCAUAAAAACUGUUCGAUCCCGGAAGGGAUAUAAGAUGUGUGUGGAAUGUAUGAGUGUACAAUUGCGAGAGACUAUAUAAAUUCCGAGGUAUCAGUGAAUUUUAAUGAACAAUUUUAUCAAUGUAACUUGUAAUAUAAUUAUAGUUCUACUAACAGAAAAACGAAAAAAACAAUAUAAUAAUGA